AUGUGUCUAAAUAGAGGCAAACUGCAUGGAUUUCUUGUUACCUCAAAAGAUGCCUACUCCUUGUCAUUCCACCAAGCCCCGAUAUUGUGGAGCUCCUCCCAAUCACUUCUUCAAGUCUUGAAAAAGCAGAAUACUCCAGGAUUCUUAUGGAAAGACCAAAUUAAACCUUUACAUAAUGAAAUAAGUGCUCUAGUAAAUUCGAUACCACGGAAUGAUGAAUUUGCUAAAGUUAUAGUGCAAAGUAUACCAAAAGAAGCCAGAGAAAGAGGUGUCUGUCCUGAAGAAUCUCUCAAAAAAAGAUUUCGCGAUGUGCAAAAACUAGCAAUGAAAUUAGAUUUAGUACCAGCGGAAGGAGGAUCUCUUUUAGUGUAUAUUUUGUCGUACCUUCAAUCACUUCUCGUGAUACAAUCUGCUGUUCGUAUACCACAAUCGGAAUUAGAUGAUGACGAAGUAAACUUCAGUCAGUUGACUACCCAUGAAGUUUUGUAUAGAGCAAAGUUUUGGCUUGACAGAGACAAUUUAUUGCAAGCCCUAAAAUAUGUUAAUCUUCUAAAAGGAGCAUCAAGAUCAGUCGCAAAACGGUGGAUGCACGAAGCCAAAAUAUUUUUGGAAACUCGACAAGCGGCUAACAUUUUAAUGGCCCAUGCAUCAGCUGCCAAUUUGAAGAAAAUGUGGUUUGUCAAAUGA